AUGAAAUCAGCAGUGCAGCCCGCGCUUGUGCCCGGAAUCUAUGCAGCCAUCCCAACUUUUUUUGGGCAGGACGAGACUCUGGACUUGGAAACACUAGAGGCACAUGUCACUCGUUUGGUCCAAGCCGGUAUCGCUGGAGUUGUGACCCUGGGCUCCAAUGGCGAGGCUGUCCAUCUCACGUCUGAAGAGAAGAAGCUCGUCACAAGCAGGACUAGGCAAGUGAUGGUUUCGGCGGGGCGUGGUGAUAUGCCGGUGGUCGUCGGCUCGUCGGCUCAGUCCGUCGCCGAGACUGUUCAGCUGUGUCGUGAUGCGGCAGAAGCGGGAGGAAGUCAUGUUCUCGUCCUGCCUCCAUCCUAUUACAAGGCUGCCAUGACCCCCAAGGCAAUCCACGACUUUUACAUCAAGGUCGCUGAUGCGUCUCCUCUGCCGCUGGUGGUGUAUAGUUACCCAGCCGUCGUAUCAGACAUCAACCUCAGCUCGGAUCAGAUCAUUGCCAUUUCCCAACACCCGAACAUUGUGGGCACAAAGUUCACUUGUGGCGACACGGGGAAGCUGGCGCGUGUUGCUCGAGCCAUGUCCGCGUGCAAUGGCGGGAACAGCCCGAGCUACUGGGCCGUCGGUGGGCUUGCAGAUUUUAUUCUCCAGGCUAUGCUGGUCGGAGGAUCAGGGGUCAUUGCUGGCACGGCCAACUUGUUCCCUAAGGUCUGCAUUGAGGUGUUCCGGCUUACCGAGAAAGGCAUGUACAAAGAAGCCAUGGCUCUUCAGGCAGAUCUGGCAGAGGCGGACUGGGCUCAUACAGUCCUGGGGAUCGGAGCCACCAAGGCAGCCUUGCAACAUUUCUAUGGCUAUGGAGGCGCCCCUCGUUUGCCGCUGGUCGCGCCACCUACAGUUGUUGUGCAGGAGCUGAGUGAAAAGUUGGCGCGGAUUGUCGCGCUGGAAAACUCUCUGUGA